AUGGCUUCGAAGGAGGAGUUAUCCUGUCCUGUGUGUAAGGAUAUCCACAGGGACCCUGUGCUUCUAACCUGCACUCACAAUAUCUGUAAAUUAUGUCUGAAGCACUUCUGGAAAACCGAUGGAUCCAGAGAAUGUCCAGUAUGCAAGAGGAGGUCAUCGAAGGAGGAGCCACCAGAGAACUUUGCCUUAAAAAACUCGUGUCAGAUAUAUUUACAUGGGAGAGAUGUAUCUACAAGUCAUAAGAAAAUUGCAUGGAGUAUGGGAGAUACUGUUGAAGUAACAAAGGAGUUACAUUCAGGACACUCAGUUAGCCUGAGGAUUGUGCUCCUUGGCCCAGCCGGUUCAGGCAAGAGUGCAACUGCAAAUGGCAUUCUGGGUAAGGAGGUAUUUCCUGAGUCCCGAACAACAGGAUGCAACGCCCAGCAGGGGGAGUUCCAGGGGCAGGGCUUCUGGGUUAUUGACACUCCUGGGCUGAGCGAAUCAGCUGAAGCGAAGAGGGAAAUCAGGAAGAGUUGCACUUUGGGGCCUUCUGCACCAACCGCCUUCCUGUUCUUUGUCGACCUGAGAAAAGGAAUAGAUGGAAAGUGGAAACAGUAUCUGUGGAUGAUUGAGGAUAUUUUUGGUAAAGAUACGUUGAUGCAUGUUAUGAUCCUGUUCACACAAAGAGAAAAGUUGACCAAGGCGGCGUUUGAAAAACUACUAAAGAGUGAAAAGACACAGGACCUGAUUGAAAAGUGUGGAGGAAGGUACCAUGCUGUUAACAGCAAAGCAGAGAUAGAAAGAUCUCAGUUGGUGGAACUGCUGAAGAAGAUAGAAGGCAUGAUGAAAAUGACUAGAGGUCAGCCUCCGAAGAUGGAAAUGACAGAUGUGAAGAUUGUGCUUUUGGGCAAGACUGGAGCUGGGAAGAGUGCAUCAGGAAACACCAUCCUGGGGAAGAGCGCCUUUGCAGUGAAGCUCUCGCCCCAAUCUGUGACUAAAACUUGUAAUUUACAAUGUACUGAAAUAUCUGGUAAACAAAUUACGCUGAUUGAUACACCAGGAUUAUUUGAUACAAAACAGACCAAAGACGAGCUAAAAUCAGAGAUAGAAAAGUGUGUCGUAAUGUCCCUUCCUGGGCCUCAUGUGUUCCUGUUGGUUGUCAGAUUAGAUGUUAAAUUUACAGAGGAGGAGAAAAACACAGUGACGUGGAUCCAGGAGAACUUUGGAGAAGACUCUUUAAAGUACACUAUAGUGCUCUUCUCUCAUGGAGAUGCGCUGGAGGGACCAUUGACAGAUUUUCUGAGUGAAGAUGUUGAUCUUUCAUCUCUUAUUGAACAAUGCGGAGGUAGAUAUCACAUGUUCAUCGAUAAGAACAGUGAGGAGAACUUAGAACAGGUCAAGGAGUUAAUGGAUAAAAUAGAGGACAUGGUGGAGAUAAAUGGAAGAGGGCACUAUACCAGUGAGAUCUAUGAGAAGGCUCAGAAAAAAAUAAGCUGGGAUAGAUAUAUGGCACGGGCUAAAGAAGCAGGUAAAGUAGCACUACUAGGAGGAGCAGGAGUGGCACUAGGAGCUGGAGCAGUAGGAGCUGGAGCAUUAGGAGCUGGAGCAGUAGGAGCAGUUGGACCUGCAAAUGUAGUAAAAACAGCAGGAAGAGCAGCAACUGCACUGAUAAUCAAGAUACUAAGGUAGUUUGGCAUGUACUGUACAUGGAAUAAGGUCAAGGACACAACCUGAUACAUGCUCUUUCCAUUGUAUUAGAAAUGGUGUUAGAGGAA